CGAGCGAUAAACCGAGUGCUUUCAGUGGAUUCCGCGCAUACUCAAACAAAUAACGUCAUCAUCCCGCGCCUUUGUUGUCAGACGGUAGUGUUAUUUUCACAGCUAGCUCCUCCAGUGUCCGAUAGAGAAGGAAAUCCGUACGUGAAAUGAUUAAUAUUACGUUUUAAAUCAUCCCGAAGGUGGGAUCAGUGAUAAAGUAAUUUGGAGAAAUCCCCAGCGAAGAGGAAAUUUGACACACAACGAGAUUACACAUGUCAUCAGCAGCAGAGACAGUGGAAAAUGCCUCUAUUAUUUCAGAGAGCACAGCCCAUGAUGGAAACCGCUUGUGGAUAGGAAACAUCGAUCCCAAAAUCACAGAGUAUCACCUUGUGAAGCUGUUAGAAAAGUUUGGCAAAGUCAAACAGUUUGACUUCCUGUUUCACAAGUCUGGGCCUUUGGAGGGACAACCGCGAGGCUACUGCUUUGUCAACUUCAGCACCAGGGAGGAGGCUGAGAGGGCGAUCCAGUGUUUAAAUGGGAAACUAGCUUUGUCCAAGAAGCUGGUUGUGCGCUGGGCACAUGCACAGGUGAGGAGGUUUGAAGGUUUCCGUAAUGACAAGACGAUGCCUCCAAGCCUGGAACCAUCGUGCAGUGGUUCAACAGAGGAUGGAUCCAUAACAACCAACCACCUCAGCACGAGUGCUAAGAUCCGCGCCAUCGAGGCCAAGCUCCAGAUGAUGGAGGAGAAUCCAGACGACAGCUACUCAGGCCCGUCUGCCUACGUUUACAACAAGCCGCCAGAGAGGAAACGCUGGGAGCCCUACUCUAAAUCGCACCACAGCAACCAGAGCAGGCCCCGCAAGUUUAGGAGAUGACCCAUCCUCCCACUUCUUCCAUCCCCACCCGCCUCCCCCAAACCAGCGUCUACAGCUCAGCCCCCACCUUCACACAAACAGUUUCCACACUCAGUACUUUCGACUGUCCGAUGUGGGAAAAUAAAAGAUCUUGAAAGUUAACGCUGACUGUUAAGGAGUAACCACAGCCAUCAUGGACGAGUACCCAAAGCGCUUUUGAGUUAUUUCAGGUCUCAGAACCAUCAGUUGUUAUUUAGUCGGAUAUGUGACCCACACCCGGCUGCUGUGCAGGUCGGGUCCAUUGUUGGUCUCCCUUGUCACGAUUGGAAAGAUUGAACACAGUUAAAGUGAUUGUUAAGGGGUCUAAAUGCUGAUUCUCAUUUUGUUUUUAACACAUCUUCUUACUUCCAGAACACAUUAUUUAAUUAAGGAAUAUGUUUCUUUGGAGGGUGGGCCAUGCUUUGGUUUGACCUAAUCGGUGACUAUUAAUGGAGUGUAAAAAUAAUAAGCCACAAGCCGCUCCGUGACUCUCAACUGCAAGUUUCAGUCUUUGUGUGCGUGUGUGGGUGCGCUUGGGUUUUUUUUUUUUUUCCCCCCUCUGGGUUUUUCUAUUUUUUUCUCUUUUUUUUCCCCCCCUUGGAUCUAAUUUUAUAUGACUGUUUUUAAUGACUUUUGUGUAGCAUUUAGAUCUAUCCCUGGACACAUUCUUGUUAUUUAAAAUUCUCAAUUAAAGAUAAAUAAUCA